GGAAACUUUAACACUUCCGGAUCAUUAGUAUGGAAGGCCGCACGUGCGUGUGAUUGGUGCGUGUUGCUGUGAGGGAGACCGACAUUUAUAUCUGGAGAAAACAUUUACGUCUUGAAACACAGAAGACAUGGAAGAAAGUUUCCCUCGUGGUGGUACCCAGAAAAAAACUGAGGAAGUAUCCAUUAAAAAAAGGCCUAAGGAAAAUGACAACUUAUUUUCUACACACCAUGAAGAUGAAGAUGAGCAUAAAGCAAAAAGAAAAAAGAAGGUUAAUGAGACAUUUAAAAUUACCCAAUAUGAUAAGGAACCAAAGUCCACUACUAAGGAUAAACCUGUGGAGCUUCUGAUGUUUAAGAAUCUAAAUGUAGAGAUGCUGUUCCUUGGAUGUGUUAAGGAAGCUAAGGAUUUUGAACUGGUUGUCAGUCUUCCAUAUGGGCUUACAGGAUUUGUCCAUGCAACAUACAUUUGUGAUGCAUAUACAAAACUCCUUAAUGAACAGGUGGAAAAGGAAAGGCCUUUGGAGAAUUUGUCUCCGCUGUCUAGUCUGUAUUCCCCAGGGAUGCUGAUAAGAUGCGCAGUCAGCAGUUUGGAUACUACAGCAAAAGGCGGCCACAGUGUCAAACUGUCAGUGAAUCCAAAACUAGUCAACAAGGCGCUUUCUUCCGGAUCUUUACGAAAAGGCAUGUUGCUUUCUGGGUGUGUUUCCAGUUUGGAAGAUCAUGGCUACCUCAUUGACAUUGGUGUCAGUGGAACUAAAGCAUUUUUGCCACGUCAAAAAGCUCAGGCCUUUUUAAACCAAAUGGGCAAAGGUUCUUCUUUAAAGAUUGGCCAGUACCUGAAUUGUGUUGUUGAAGAAGUAAAGAACAGUGGGAGAAUUGCCUGUCUUUCAAUCUCGCCAUCUGAUGUGUCUGCUGCCAUUGCAACAGAAGAACAGAAUUGGACUUUGAAUAAUCUGUUACCUGGACUGGUUGUUAGAGCCCGGAUUGAGAAGAUUUGCCUUGACAAUAUCCAGUUGUCCUUCAUUUCUUCCUACACUGGUAUUGUGGACUUCUUGCACUUUGAGCCAAAGAAGUCUAAAGCAUACAAGACAGGUCAAGAGAUCAAAGCUUGUAUCCUUUGGCUUGACCCAUCUUCCAAGACCAUCAGGCUGACUCUGCGUCAAUCAUUCCUGCAGCCAGGGAACCAACUGCAACAGCUUUCUAGUGACCGUCUUGGUACAUUGCUGGAAAACUGCACUGUGAAAGCCUUGUAUAAGAGUGCAGGAGCAAUAUUUAAUCUUGAUGAGACAACCUUGGGUUUUGCAUUUAAGCAUCAUCUUUCAGUUUCUAAAUUCAAGGGUAUGGAAAAAUUUAAAGAAGGCACAACACACACUGGACGCAUCACAGAUUUCAGCCCCAUGGAUGAGAUUCACUUUAUUUCAUUGAAAGUGGAAGUGAUCGAAGGGCCUUAUUUGAGACACAGUGAUCUACAAGCCGGGCAACUGGUGGAGGGAACUGUAGACAGCCUUGAACCUGUAGGCAUGGUGGUGAAAAUCACAAAGCAUCUCACUGGUCUUGUACCUCGACUACAUUUAGCUGAUGUCAUUCUGCGACAUCCUGAAAAGAAAUAUAAAAAUGGGAGCACACUUAGGUGCAGGAUACUCACUGUGGAUCCUCAAGCCAGAAAGUUGAUCCUCACUCGAAAGAAAACUCUUAUUAACUCAAAACUACCGAUUAUCUCCAGUUACCAAGAUGCUAAACCAGGCUUGGUCACCCACGGCGUUAUUGUGGCCAUCCAAGGACAUGGAUGUGUUGUUAAGUUCUAUAACGAUGUUCAUGGUUUGGCUCCUCGUCGUGAGCUGGGCUCAACACCCAUCCAAUUUGCCAAUAAAGUAUUCUAUAAAGGCCAGGUUGUCAAAGUGCGAGUACUGGAGUGUGACUUGGUAAAGGAAAGAAUGGUGGUGUCUUUCAGAAUGAAUGAAACGGAAGACGCAGAAAAACACUUAAAGGAAAAGACUGCAUUGGUAGAAGAAACAGGCCAGAUUGUUGAUGUUAGGGUUGUGAAAAAGACGGAUGAAGGUUUUGGAGUUGUCCUUCCUGGAGACAGACCAGCUUUUCUUCCCAAAAUACACCUGUCUGAUCAUGUGACCAUCUGUGAGCUGCUGUGGUACUGGCUAAAAGAAGACGACAAGCUAACAGGAGCUAUGUGUCUGUAUAUGAGCAGCUUCCAAGGAAAAACUACUGUAACAAGAAAAACUUCGCUGAUUUCAUCCGUGGAACAAGGACAUUAUGUGAAAGAUAUUUCUGAGCUGCAAGUUGGAAUGUCACUCACUGGAUUUGUAAAAAACAUCAUGCCAUAUGGUGUUUUUGUGGAAAUCCCUUGUGGUCUUGUUGGACUAGUGCCCAGAAGUGAGAUAAGUGACAAGUUUGUGACCAACACCAGUGAACAUUUUGUCAUAGGACAGACUGUGGUUGCCAAGGUAACCAACAUAGACGAGGAGAAGAAACGCUUCCUGCUUACUUUGAAGAUGUCUGAGUGCUCUCCUGAUGACCGUUCCACUGAGAGCUUUGCUAGGCUUAGCCAGUGCUUCACCGACCUGCAGCUUGUGAAGAGUCUAAUUAAUAAUCAAGAAGACCCAGAAGCAGAUGUAAAUCUUUCUGGUUUGGUCCCUGGAAAAAAGCUUAGUCUGGUGGUUGAAGUUAUCCAAGAAGAUGGAUCGGUCCUCUUCAGCGUUAGCCAAAUCAGUGGAGCACAAACAGUGUUGGCUUCCAAGCAUCAUGUUGGAGGUAAAAGUGUUGUUCCAGGGCAGAAGGUAAAGGUAGCAGUUCUACACGUUGAUGCCCUCAAGCGUCAUGUUCACGUCUCUCUACUUGAGACACUUCUGAAAAAAAGAAAAGAGACCCUUGAAGAAAACGCCACUUAUUCCGCAGUUGUGCAACAUGUCGCAGAAGAGUUUGCAGUAGCCUCUUUAGAAGGAACAUCUCAGCUUGUUGCUGUUCCUGUAACUUCUCAUUUUAACGACACCUUUCGUUUUGAGUCAGAAAAACUGAAAGCUGGGCAAGAGAUUUCUUUGAUUCUUAAAACAACUUCUACAGAGGACUUUGGUAUUUUGCUUGCGGUGCAGAAAAUAGCUGGUUUGAAAACUAAAAAAAUAGUUGAACAGAAGAAAUCGACCUAUAUGAGCAAUGGUCUACAUUUAGGACAGCUGGUUAAUGGAAUUGUAAAAAGUAUUAAACCAACUUGUGUGUUGGUCACCAUCAAUGAUAAUGUUGUAGGACGUAUUCACGCAUCUCAGAUACUGGAGGAAGUCACAGUAGGUUCAUUCCCAACAUCUAAACUGAGACCAAAGCAAGAUGUGACUUGUCGGGUUAUAGGAGGAAAGGAUGUGAAGACGCAUCGGUUCCUGCCUAUAACGCAUCCAGAUUUUAAGAAGACUGUUCCAGAGCUUAGCAUACUUCCUAGUUUAAUGAACACUGAAAACAAACUGCCACGAUUGGUCCAUGAGAAAUCGUUUACUGCAGGUCAAAGAAUUACCUGCUUUGUAGAGAAGUAUAACAAAGAGAAGAAAUAUUUGGAGGUGGAGAUCACGCCUGAUGUACGUGGACGAGUAGAAGUCCUGAUGCUAUCACAAAGCCCUAAGUUUUUAAAGCGUCCAGAAAAAAGAUUCAAAAAAGGUCAGGCUUUGUCUGCUACAGUGAUUGGGUCUGGAGCCUGCCCGAGAUGUAUCUCCUUAUCACUUACAGACACCUACAGUCUCGUUGAAGGCUCCGUUACCCUUGGCUGUGUGAAGAAGGUUAAUCCAGAUUCAAGCCUGAUUGUGUCUCUCCCAUUUGGAAAUACUGGAAAAGCUAAUAUUUUUCAUUUAAAUGACUGCUUGGCUGAAGCUUCCAUAGACGAUUAUACUCCUGGAAAAUUUGUCAGGUGUUGUGUUCUCUCCGUUUCAAAAACAAUUGAGGUGUCCUUGAGAAAAUCGAGGACAAAUCCAAAAAUGAAAAGUAAGGUGGUGGAUCCAGAAAUCACAUCUAUUGAACACCUUGAGGAAGGGCAACUGGUCAAUGGAUUUGUUAGUUCAAUUUCAGAGAAGGGUGUGUUUUUCAGGAUAUCCAGCUCUAUAGUGGGACGGAUUCUGUUUGAACAAGUAACUGACUUCUAUGUUCCGGACAUAUCUGUUUACAAAAAAUACAUCCCAGAAGGCACAUUACUUACUGCCAAAAUUAUUAGUACCGAUACAACGAAGAAUCAUGUGGCACUCUCUCUUCUCCCUGAGGAGACUGGCAAACCAGAUGUUAUUCCAGAGUCUGCCAAACUUAAUAUGAAGAAUAAAACAGACGAGAAAAAGCGAAAAAGAACACACUCUGAAAGCAAGACUCAGGCGAUAACCAAAAAGAAGAAGAAAUCCCAAGUGACAAAGGAAGAUGACGACAGUGGAGUGGAUAUAUGUGGUCGAGAUGAAGAAGAUGAUAAAGUUGUGAUAAAACAAAAGGAGAAAGAACCUAACGCUGUUGUCUCAAGGCUAAAAGUUUCAUCUGGAUUUUCUUGGGAUGUUGAUUUAAAUACCCUGAAAACGGCUUUAACUAAAAAAGAGGACCGCUCAGAUAGUGACGAUGACGAGGAGGAGGAUGAACAGCCAAAGAAAAAGAAAUCAAAAAAAGAAAAGGAAAUGGAAAAGAUAACGGCUGAAAAGGAGAUUUCGAAAAUAGAAGCAACUCUUAUGGAUCCAAAUCGGCAACCACAGUCGGCAGACGAUUUUGACAAGCUGGUCCUCAGUUCCCCUAACAGCUCCAUUCUGUGGCUUCAAUACAUGGCAUUUCACCUUCAUGCCACAGAGAUAGAGAAGGCCCGAGCUGUGGCAGAGAGAGCUCUCAAAACCAUUUCUUUCCGGGAAGAGCAGGAGAAACUGAAUGUGUGGGUCGCCUUACUUAAUUUGGAGAACAUGUACGGAACAGAAGACACUCUGCUAAAAGUCUUUGAAAGGGCAGUUCAAUAUAAUGAGCCCAUCAAGGUGUUUCAUCAGCUGGCUGAUAUAUACAUCAAGUCUGAAAAGUUCAAGCAAGCAGAGGACCUGUACAAAACAAUGGUAAAACGCUUUCGCCAGGAGAAGUCUGUGUGGUUAAAGUAUGCUACGUUCCUUCUACGACAAGGCCAGCCAGAAGCUACUCACAGAUUGCUUCAGCAUGCCCUGAAAUGUCUUCCUGAUAAAGAACAUGUUGAAGUGAUUUCAAAGUUUGCACAGUUAGAAUUCAAUCUUGGAGAUAAAGAACGUGCUAAGGCCAUGUUUGAGAGCACCCUGAGCAGUUAUCCAAAGCGCACAGAUCUCUGGUCUGUUUAUAUAGACAUGAUGAUGAAACAUGGCAGCCAAAAGGAAGUGCG